UAGUGCUUUAGCUUUAUUUUUUUCUUCCUUUUCUAUUGCUUUAAUGAGCUAUAAGAAGCCCAUAAGCUCUCAUCUUUUUUUUCACCAGCUUGAAACCAUUAAUCCUUUCUUCUCUUUACAAACAUCUAGAGAGAGAAAUCUAGAUUCAAAGAGAGGGAAAAAGAAAUGGGAGCUGAAACAGGGCUUGCAAUGUUUUGUGGAAUCAUUCAAAAAAUAAAACCCUACUUGGCUAUGGUUUCCUUGCAAUUUGGAUAUGCAGGGAUGUAUAUUAUCACCAUGCUUUGUCUCAAGAAAGGCAUGAACCAUUACGUUCUUGCCGUGUAUCGACACGUCGUUGCCACCAUUGUCAUCGUCCCCUUUGCUAUCGUCCUUGAAAGAAAAAUAAGGCCGAAGAUGACAUUAGCAAUCUUUGCACGAGUAUUGCUCCUCGGAUUUCUCGAGCCUGUGUUGGAUCAAAAUCUAUACUAUGUGGGUUUGAAACUUACCUCAGCAACAUUUACCUCUGUCACCAUCAAUAUUCUACCUGCAGUAACUUUCAUAAUGGCUCUCAUUUUCAGGCUAGAAAGUGUGAACUUCAAGAAGAUCCGUAGCAUUGCAAAGGUGGUAGGAACAUUGGUAACAAUCGGCGGAGCAAUGGUGAUGACUCUAUACAAAGGACCAAUCGUGGACAUAUUUCACGGUCAUGGACGCCAUGCCGCCCACCACAGCAGCAGCAGUGAGUCUGCCGACCAGCACUGGGUCCUCGGCACCCUCAUGCUCCUCGGCAGCAUCGUGGGCUGGUCGGGCUUCUUCAUCUUACAAUCGUUCACGCUGAGAAAAUACCCAGCGGAGCUGUCGUUAACGGCCCUGAUAUGCGUAGCCGGUGCGGUGGAGGGCUCCAUUGUGACGCUUAUUAUGGAGCGUGACUUUAGCGUGUGGGUCAUCGGCUGGGACUCUCGCCUUCUUGCCGCUGUUUAUACUGGUGUGAUAUGCUCUGGACUUGCAUAUUACAUACAAGGUGUGGUAAUUCGGGAACGUGGCCCAGUUUUUGUUACCUCUUUUACCCCUCUCUGCAUGAUUAUUACCGCCAUUCUUGGCUCCAUUGUUUUGGCUGAGCAAAUUCACCUUGGAAGCAUAAUAGGAGCGAUUUUCAUAGUGAUGGGGCUAUACUUAGUGGUGUGGGGAAAAGCCAAAGACCACCUAAACAAAUUGACGAAUCAGAAAAGCAGCGCCGCCACCGAGUUACCGAUCACCACCGAGCCGGAAACUACCGCCGCCGAGCGUUGUUCAUCAAAAGCUCCACCGGCUUGAUGAUGGGUUGUGAAAGAGGCGCCCAUUUUCAUUUUGUCAACGACUUUCCCCAUUUAAUUUUCCUUUAACUUUAAUUUUCUCAUCAACCAUCUUUUUCUGCAGAAAAAUAUAUAUUUAAAUGUUGGUGUGUCUUUCUUUUUUUUCUUUCUGGAGGUGGGUUUAAAUAUAUAAAUCAUACGAGUUUUGGCUCGUAUAAUUUCACUCUUUGUAAUAUGUAGAAAAAUAUGGGGCUUCGAGUUCAUAUAAUUAUGAUGAUGAUGUUUAUAAAGAUCAUGUAAUUCUACAUAUAUUUUGCUGUUUCUUGAUCAAAACCAAUAACACUUUUAUUAUAUA